AUGGCUUCUCAAAAUAGCAAGGAUGAGAACAAAUCACAGUGUAAUCCUACCCUGGCAUCGGGAACCACUGGAGCGUCAAUUCAAAUGUCCGCUAUCCAUGAUUGCUUACGGUCAAUCACCGGUAAAUUGGGCAAUAUCAAUAUUCUACAGCAAUCAGUUAAUAACAUGAAUCGAGAUCUUUGGGACGAAGAUGGGUUAGACGAACGUAUCAAAUAUAUCGGCCAACAACAUGAAGAUAAUGUUGGUGAAUUUGAAACGCUGAAAUUAGAAAACAGUUAUUUGCGAAAAGAGCUCCAAGUUUUAAAGUCUAUCGUCGUUAACCUAGACAGAAGAGUCACUCAGCAAGAGAACGAAAUAGUGGACCUCAAAGGAAGAUCUAUGAAGGACAAUAUUCUUGUACAUAAUUUAGCGGAAGAUGACCAGGAAGAUCUGACAACUAGAGUUAGCGAUUUGAUCAAGGAGCAUUUGAAUCUGGAAGUUGGCUUCAUCAGAAUACACCGAAAUGGUCAGAAAUUUCCCGGUAAUUCUAAACCAAGGUCAAUAACAGGGAAAUUACAGAACUACAACGAUAAAGAACUCAUCCUCCAGGCUAUUAGACAAAAGAGGGAAAAUGGCACCAUUAACAACAUGCCUUUUUACAUAACUCCCCAGACCCCUCUCCAAAUAAAUGAGAGUAAAAAAAAGCUACAGGAGAUGAACAACAAGUAUCGAGAAGAAAACGUAAAGACAAAGAUAGUGGGAAAUAAGUUAGUAUUUCCAAAUGGAAGUGUAUAUCGUGACAAGGUGCUACCACCACGAGCUGAGGAUCUACUCAUGCUGGACAAAGAAGAAAUUGAAAAACUGGAAGAAUGUGAUGUUAACAGAUGUGACAGUGUUACAGAAGACGGGAAUAUCUUUACUUCACUCAUUUCCGAAAUUCAUACAUAUGCACAGGUCAGAGACGUAUACAAAAAUGUUUUACGCAAUGCAGACUAUGCCUGUGCCAACCACAACAUCUUAGUGUACCGAUUUAAAGAUGCUCAAGGACGUGUGCACGACGGUUACUGUGAUAAUGGGGAGUACGGGGCCGGACGUCGAAUGCUAAAGGUACUUGUUGAGAGAGAUGUAUUAAAUGUAGCGGUUGUCAUUUCGAGGAAAAAUGGUAGGCAUUUGGGUCCCCGUCGCUUUGACGUUAUGAACGAUCUUGUUAUCAAAGCUGUGAGUCGCACUUGUUACUAA